GGUCAGGCUACAUUUCCUCCACAGCAACACUCCCCUCAGGGUGGACAGCAGUUUUUCAACCAAUCGACCCCUCAGCCUUCACCCGGAGUUCAAAAUCCGAACCCCGCAUUCCCUCAGCAACAAUGGUCACAACCACAACAAAGCUAUCAACCCGGUCAGCAUCCCCCCGGUUAUCAGGCAUCUCUUUCGCAUACGCCUUCCUUUCCUCCCCAACAACCCGUGCAGGCGAGUUACCCUUCGCAGGGACAGGGUGUGCCCCAACAACAACAACAACAGCAAUAUAUCGCUCAGCAACCUAGGGCUGCCCCUCAGAUGGUCUAUGGUGCAGGUGCAGGUGGGAACCGCAAUACGUUGAACAAACCAUUCAAUGCGGCCGGUCAGAGGGAGUGGUCGUUUGGAACCUGUGAUUGCUUCGACGCAUGCGGAACAUGUUUAUUCGCAUGUUGCUGUAGUUGUCUUUCGUAUGGACAGAAUAUGUCUAGGCUAAAACAUUUGGAGUCCCAGGGAAGACCACACCCUACUGGGGGCGACAUGUGCAACGGGGAUUGCUGCGUAUAUCUGCUACUUGCAUAUAUCGGUUGCGAAUGCUUCGCCGGUAUGAGUGGAAGGUCGAGUGUUCGUCGACGAUACAAUAUCCAAGGAGGCGGAUGCGGGGAUUGCAUGUGCCAUACUUUCUGUAUACCGUGUUCGUUGACACAAGAAUCCCGCGAGCUUGGGCUUGAGGAAGGGAGCGAGCUCAGUGGAAAGCGUGGCUGAGCGCAUUUCAUCUGUCCUUUGAGAUCGUCCCCUUUUUUUUUUUUUAGUGGUUUACUUUUGAUCGUCGCCCGCACUCGAUCCACGCCCGUGUUUCUUGUUUCCUUCAUCUCGAGAUGUGGUUGUUUCAAUGCUCUCCGUACAUCGGGAAUGUUUACCGUUUAAGCCUUUGCCUGAGAGAAUGGCAUCUCAUAUUCCCG